GGGCCCUGUCCGCUCAGUCCCGCCCCAGCUUCAAGAGGAGUUGGAGCAACCUGGCCCCAGCCCUGUGCCCUUAACAAGUGAGCUGGUCCCAACUCCUACUCAUGCCUGUUGCCAUGAAAAUGACUCUGCUUCUCCUCCUCUUUGGCGGCCUCUGGACCCAAGAGGUGAACUCUCAGACUCUGGCGAGCACAACCAUGUCGCAGAUGUCUGCAUCCAGAAAUUCCCCUAUUUCUUUGGUCUCAUAUAACACUGAGGCCCCAAACCUCAACUCAGUGACCUCCAACCCUAUAACAACAAGGGACUCAGAGAAGGGUGAUGGCACCAGGUACCAGACCUCCCCACUUUCUUCAACUCCCUAUACACCCAAAGAGUUGUCCAUUUCCGGGACUUCCACUGCUGCCAGCAGUGGCUUCCCCGUCUCAGAAAAGGAUGAUGGCACCAGGUACCAGACCUCCCCACUUUCUUCAAUUCCCUAUACACCCAAUGAGCUGUCCAUUCCCGGGACUUCCAUUGCUGCCAGCAGUGGCUUCCCCGUAACUGAGCCAACAACCUCCCAGGAAGUUUCCACCAAGAAGUCAUCAAUACUCCUGGAAACCCUUAAUGAAACCACUAGCCCUGUGGUACCAACGAUGAGCUCUGUGGACCUCCACAUUACGACUGUUGGAACCAGGGUACCUAGCUUUCUGGAAACCUCCAGUGUGACCAGUGGACCCCCUGUCACCAUGGCAACUAGCUCUCUGGAGACCUCCAAGGGAACCAGUGGACUUUCUGUUGCCAUGACAACUAUCUCUCUGAAGACCCCCAAGGGGACCAGUAGCUCCCCCAGCUCCGCAGUAAAAAUACCCACCGGGACUACCUCAAACACCUCCACAAUCGCAAACAGUGGUGAGCUCUCAAAUCAGGGAACAAAUGGCACCCUGCUGGUGGCUGUCCUUGCAGCCCUGCUGGUGGUCAUUGUCCUCUUGAUACUACUUGUGCUGUGGCGCAGGAGGCAGAAGCGGAGGACCGGGAUCCUGAUGCUAAGCAGGGGUGGAAAGUGCAAUGGGGCAGUAGAUGCCUGGGCUGGGCCAGUCCAGGAGAAUGAUGAGGAGGCCAUGACAGCAACAACGAGAGUGUCUGGGGGCGACAAGAGCUCUGGGGUCCCUGAAGGGGAGGGGUCUGGCCGGCGGCCCACACUCACCACUUUCUUCGGUAGAAAGAAGUCUCACGAGGGCUCCUUGGCACUGGAGGAGCUAAAGCCUGGGUCAGCCUCCAGCCUAAAGGGAGAGGAAGAGCCACUGGUCGGCAGCGAAGAUGGGGCUGUGGAGGUCCCCGAUUCUGUGGGCCAAAAGUGAGAGAUGU